GCAAAAGGAUGAUGUCUUAAGUGUUAUCAAAACUUGAGAGAUUUCAGCAUCUUCCUCUGAAUAGAUGUGGGACCACAUUUAACGUCCUGUUGGAAAUUAUAAACAGUGAGUGGAAAAGAAAUUCAUGCUGGUGGGUGAAGCUAAUGUAUUUCCCUCUCUUCCAGACACUGGCCAGGAGAGGUGAGAUAGAAAAAAGAACAGUCUGGAACCUAAGACUUUGUCCUAAUGUAAACUCCUGCACCAGGAUGGAAGGGGACUCUUAUCACAAUGCGACUACAGUCAAUGGCACCCCAGUGAGUCACCAGCCUUUAGAACGCCAUGGGCUGUGGGAAGUCAUCACCAUUGCCGCCGUGACAGCUGUGGUGAGCCUGAUCACCAUUGUGGGCAACGUCUUAGUCAUGAUUUCCUUCAAAGUCAACAGUCAGCUGAAGACAGUUAACAACUACUACCUACUCAGCUUAGCCUGUGCGGAUCUCAUCAUUGGGAUCUUCUCCAUGAACCUCUACACCACCUACAUCCUCAUGGGCCGCUGGGCUCUCGGGAGCCUGGCCUGUGACCUUUGGCUUGCGCUGGACUAUGUGGCCAGCAAUGCUUCCGUCAUGAACCUUCUGGUGAUCAGUUUUGACCGUUACUUUUCUAUCACAAGACCCCUGACCUAUCGGGCUAAGCGCACCCCCAAGAGGGCUGGCAUCAUGAUUGGCUUGGCAUGGCUGAUCUCCUUCAUCCUCUGGGCCCCGGCGAUCCUAUGCUGGCAGUACUUGGUUGGGGAGCGAACGGUACCACCAGAUGAGUGCCAGAUCCAGUUCCUCUCGGAGCCCACCAUCACUUUUGGCACUGCCAUUGCUGCCUUCUACAUCCCUGUUUCUGUCAUGACGAUCCUCUACUGCCGAAUCUACCGGGAAACAGAGAAGCGAACCAAAGACCUGGCUGACCUCCAGGGCUCUGACUCUGUGGCUGAAGCUGAGAAGAGGAAGCCCGCUCACAAGGCUCUGCUCAGGUCCUGCUUCAGCUGCCCUCGGCCCGCACUGGCCCAGAGGGAAAGGAACCAAGCGUCCUGGUCAUCCUCCCGCAGGAGCACCUCCACCACUGGGAAGCCAUCCCAGGCCACUGGCCCGAGCACGGAGUGGGCCAGAGCCGAGCAGCUAACCACCUGCAGCAGCUACCCCUCCUCAGAAGAUGAGGACAAGCCUGCCAUUGACCCUGUCUUUCAAGUGGUCUACAAGAGCCAGGCCAAGGAAAGCCCAAGGGAAGAAUUCAGUGCUGAGGAGACCAAGGAAACGUUAGUGAACGCUCACACUGAGAAAAAUGACUCUGACACCCCAAAAUAUUUCCUGUCUCCAGCUGCUGCUCAGCGACCCAAGAGUCAGAAAUGCGUGGCCUAUAAGUUCCGAUUGGUGGUAAAAGCUGAUGGAACCCAGGACACCAGCAACGGCUGUCGCAAGGUGAAAAUCAUGCCCUGCUCCUUCCCGGUGUCCAAGGACCCUUCGACAAAAGGCCUCGAUCCCAACCUCAGCCAUCAGAUGACCAAACGAAAGAGGAUGGUCCUCGUCAAAGAGAGGAAAGCGGCCCAGACCCUGAGCGCCAUUCUCCUGGCAUUCAUCAUCACGUGGACCCCUUACAACAUCAUGGUCCUGGUUUCCACCUUCUGUGACAAGUGUGUGCCAGUCACCCUGUGGCACUUGGGCUACUGGUUGUGCUACGUCAACAGCACUGUCAACCCCAUCUGCUAUGCCCUCUGCAACAGAACCUUCAGGAAGACCUUUAAGAUGCUGCUUCUCUGCCGAUGGAAAAAGAAAAAAGUGGAAGAGAAGUUGUAUUGGCAGGGAAACAGCAAGCUCCCAUGAAAAGUAACAACUCUCAAAAGAAUGACCGUGGUCCAAGUCCUCUGAGGAGGAGCAAGAUGAUUCUGGUUUACUUUCCGAAAAGACGUCUGUCAUUUUGAGUCCCUAAGGACUCUGUAAAGGCUUGAGGUCUCUCACCGAAAGGAAGGAAUCGCAGAGACCUCAGUUGCUGCCAUAUUGAACGAUUCUUGUCUAUAACCAAGGUCGCCUGAUGCCACUGGAGUCUGCCACUGAAGUGAAGAGGCAGACUCACGGCCUUCACAGGAGGAGGCACUGGGCACAAUGAACAAUGACCAAGGGAGCGUCUGUCUAACCUGCUGUGGGCAACAGUGGGGACUGGGUGGAAACCUGUCACAGAGUUUUGUGCAGUAUGUACGUGUCUAUGAAGUUGUCUCAUUCCAGUGAGAACUGGGAGAAUGUAAGUCAGUGUCACCCAAGUGACAUUCAAUGGCUUCUAGGAACUGUUUCUUUAUAAACUAACCAGUAU